UGUGAACAGGACGAUUUUAGGUUCGCACCUGUUUGUGUGAAUACGGUUGUUGAUGACUGCUUUUACAAGAACACUGAUAUGUCUUAACUAAUUGCAUUUUACCUUGAUUCAUGAGGUGAUUAGUUUAGAUUAGUUAUGGAUUAGUUCUCUGAUUCAGGGUGUAACGGUUACAGAUCAACAGCAGAGACCUGCAUCCAUUCAAGCAUAACAUAAUGAGAGUAUGUGUGCCCCUUUCUGUUACCAUAUAAGACUUGCUCAUGACUCAUGCUGCUUUGUGAACUGCUAUGUGGGAAGUCAUGAUUCAUACAAGCUACAUAUAAUCAAACUCAGCUCAAAAUACUCCGGCAUGCGUGACCCUCCUCCCCUCCACUAACACACAUACAGAAAUGAUCAGCUCCCCAGAUGCCGCCACACUUGUGUCAUUGUGCUUGCAGCAGCUUGAGUUCAAAGUUAGGUUACCUAGAGUUGAAACAACAUGAACCUUAGUUAUUCAGUGGAAUGGUUUUGGUUAUCAUUGGAAUUUCCAGACUACCACAUCAUCCCUUGCACUGACAUGGUUCUGCUGUGACAUCAUUCAGAGGGUGUGAGCGGUAUGUCCGUGGAUGAGAAGUCUGAAGCUCCCAUGUACGUGUAUGAGUCGACGGUGCACUGUACCAACAUCCUGCUGGGUCUGAAUGAGCAGCGGAAGCAGGGCCUGCUCUGUGAUGUGACCGUGCUGGUGGAGGGGAAGGAGUUUCGUGCACACAGGGCUGUCCUAGCAGCCUGCAGCGAGUACUUCCUACAGGGGUUCGUCACCCAAAGUGACAAUGAACUGGUUCUCAGCAUGCCAGAGGAGGUCAGUGCCCGGGGAUUCGCUCCAUUGUUACAGUUUGCCUAUACGGCUAAGCUGCUGCUCAGCAGAGAAAACAUCCAGGAGGUCAUCCGCUGUGCUGAAUUCCUGCGCAUGCACAACCUGGAGGACUCCUGCUUUCGCUUCCUGGAGGCCCAACUGCGCAGUGAGGAGGAUGGCCUGGUCCUCUGUCGCAAGAUUGCGUCUGAAAGCAAUCACUCGGAGGAUGAGAGCAUGCAACCUGAGUUGCUGACAACAACACAAACUGCAGUUACCCUAUCUGGUUCUCCACGCUCUCGUCGUUGUGCAGAGGCCCUGAACUCCUUGCGGCGGCCAGACCAUGAGGAUCUGGCAGUGACAGAGGAGUUCACUGAUGGACAGAUGGACUUUGAGAGACACGGCACCUCAGACCUGCCACGAUGCCCUAAAUACAGGAAGUACCAGUGGGCAUGCAACAAGCACAAUAACAACACCUCCUCACACACCAGUACCUCAGGUUUUCCAAGCACAUUCAAGGAGAUGAACAGACCAGCUGUGAUGCAAAUCAAGCAGGAGCCACGCAGCGAGGAAGAGUCCAUCUCGCUUUGCCUGUCAGGGGACGAGCAGGACGGUGGUGAAAAGGACGGUGUGGCUGAGAUGGAGAUGGAUGGUUCCAUUGCAGUGGACCAACCGAAAGGCAGCAGCAAGUCACCCACCUGCCUAGGAACUCUCUUUCAGAAGGACCUGCCUAGCACACCCCAGCAGCUCUUUGCUAACAAACUCGUCAAUGCCCAGGAUAAAGGAACCACUCAGGGAGACUACAAAAAAGAUUACAGGCCUUCGCUUGGCAAUGAGCUUGGCAUGCCUGUCGUGUUCCCCAAAGAUGCAGAUGGUUUCCCGCCAGGGCUUUCGUUGAAGUCAGCUUCCUGCGAUGGUGUGUGCAAGCAAGAGUUGGAGCCAGACCGCCGCAGUGUCAUCUUCUCCUCAGGGCCCUGUGACCGACUGGGUACACCCACCCACUCCCAUCCCAGUGGGAACUCACUGGAGAAAGAGCUCUCAGAACACAUGCCAAAGGGAUUGUGGGCUGGUGCCAGCCAGUCCCUCCCCAGCUCCCAGACCUACUCCCCCAGCACCACAGCCAGUGACCAACCCCUGCUUUGCCGCCAAAGGCCCAAUACCAGCUGCCCAGUGCCAAUCAAGGUAUGCCCACGAUCGCCCCCCUCAGAGACCCGAACUCGGACAUCCAGUUCUUGUUCGUCAUAUUCUUAUGCUGAGGACGGGAGCGGCGGAUCCCCCUGCAGCCUGCCGCAGUUCGAGUUUUCAUCCUCGCCUUGCCCAAAUGUGACACGGUGUCUCACGACUGACCCGCAGGAGCCAGGCAGUGGGACAGAUGUGCUAUUUGCACGAGUGCGGCCCAAGAUAAAGUGUGAGCAGUCAUAUGGAACCAAUUCCAGUGACGAGUCCGGGUCCUUUUCAGAGGGGGACAGUGAAUCAUGUCAUGUUCGAGAGCAAGGCCCAGAGGUCAAGCUUCCAUUCCCUGUCGAUCAAAUCACAAAUCUUCCACGCAACGACUUCCAAAUGAUGGUGAAAAUGCACAAGCUGACCUCAGAGCAGCUGGAAUACAUCCAUGACAUGCGCAGACGCAGUAAGAACCGCAUCGCGGCCCAGCGCUGCCGAAAGAGGAAACUUGACUGCAUCCUGAACCUUGAGUGUGAAAUACGCAAACUGGUGUGUGAGAAGGAGAAGCUCUUAACAGAGCGCAACCAGUUGAAGGUGUGCAUGGGAGAGUUAUGGGAGAAUUUCUCCUGUCUAUCUGAGGAGGUGUGUCGAGACGUGCAGCUGAGCCCAGAACAGGUCCAUCACUACUGCCCCAUUCUGCACCCUGGCAACACCGCUUCCGUCGCCCCCGGCAACCAGGCCCUACCCACCAGCAGCAUCGACCUCACCACUUGCUCCACCCCCGAACAGAGCUUCCUCAAAUUGACCACAACAAAAGACGGGGAAUCGCGACCGGCCCAUUGGAAGACCGGGAACGUGUCCGAAGACAUGAGCAAUGACAGGGAGGAGCAAGAGGCCGGCUCCGCCUACCUGGAGGCGGGCCUCUCCCUGAAACAGUCCAAUCAGACGGUGACAGUAGACUUCUGUCAGGAGAUGACAGAUAAAUGUACAACUGACGAACAGCCCAACAGAAAGGACUGUACCUAAUGACGGUGGUUUCUGUGUUGAUUUGUUUUACAAUGUUUUUUUUUUUGUUUUUUUUAUUAUUUAAUUUAGUUACGUCUUCUGACAAACCCUCAAAAAUCGAGGGCUGUUGAGAUGGCCAGCCUCUGCCAGUGUUCCUGAUUUAUAUAUAUAUAUAU